AGUUCAACACCAGCAUGGCAGCGUCCACCACGUCCAUCUGCUCCAGCAACCUGAGCUACAGCAGCCGCGUCUGCCUUCCUGGUUCCUGUGACUCUUGCUCCGACUCCUGGCAGGUGGUCGACUCCCCAGAGAGCUGCUGUGAGCCCCCCUGCUGCUCCCCCAGCUGCUGCGCCCCGGCCCCCUGCCUGACCCUGGUCUGCACCCCAGUGAACUGUGUGUCCAGCUCCUGCUGCCAGGCGGCCUGUGAGCCCAGCCCCUGCCAAUCAGGCUGCACCAGCUCCUGCACACCCUCAUGCUGCCAGCAGUCUAGCUGCCAGCCGGCUUGCUGCACCUCCUCCUCCUGCCAGCAGGCCUGCCGUGUGCCUGUCUGCUGCAAGCCUGUGUGCUGCAUGCCCACCUGCUCUGAGGAUUCCUCUUCAUGCUGCCAGCAGUCUAGCUGCCAGCCAGCUUGCUGUGCCUCUUCCUCCUGCCAGCAGUCCUGCUGUGUGCCUGUUUGCUACAAGCCCGCCUGCUGUGUGCCCCUCUGCUCUGGGGCUUCCACUUCAUGCUGCCAGCAGUCUAGCUGCCAGCCAGCUUGCUGCACCACCUCCUGCUGCAGACCCUCCUCCUCUGUGUCCCUCCUCUGCAGCCCCGUGUGCAAGUCCACCUGCUACGUGCCCGUCCCCUCCUGCUGUGCCUCUGCCUCCUCCUGCCAGCCCAGCUGCUGCCGCCCAGUCUCCUGCGUGUCCCUCCUCUGCCGCCCCGUGUGCUCCCGCCCCGCCUGCUACAGCCUCUGCUCUGGCCAGAAGUCCAGCUGCUGACAGCCCUGGAUGUCAUCCAG